ACUAUUUUAGAGAAAUAUCUAGAAAAACUAAAUCCUGAAAUUAGAACGAGCCACGAAGAGCGAAUAAAAUAUACUUCGAAUUCUAUUAAAGCUUUUGGCCUCGUAAGACGGUUACAUAAUGAUUGGCCAAAGUGGCAUAACUACACAAAGGCAGAAGUCGCCAAAGAUCAAGUGAAAGUAAUGGAAGAACUUCUUCUUGCCGCUCCUCAGUCAGAAGAUAUGCGAGAGGCAUUCAAGGGUAUAUUUCGAAUAGAGCACAACUACGACCUAGAAGCUGCCGACAUAGCUGAUGGCAUGCUUUGGGGAAAGCAAUAUGAUGCAAAGCUAUCCACAUCGGACUGUUUAGCCAUAGCCGAAUAUAUGUACAAUAAGUCCGAGUAUAUAAGUGCAGCCAAAUGGUAUCGAGUGGCCCUAAGCCACCAUAUUCAGUUUGAUGAUGACAUAUUCAGGAAUAUAUAUGGUUCUCAACGUGAAGACAUACGGAAAAACUACAUCAUUUCAAGAUUAAAAGCAGGAAAAGCGGAUGAUGUACAACUAUAUCUGAAAGAACUUUCGCAUGACCCCAAAACACAAUUGGAAAAUACAGCGAAGCCAACACCUUCGAUUUCUCAGCUGGGCUGUCGUGGACUUUAUCCCCCACGGACCAAUUUGUCGUGUCGGUACAACUUUACCAAUACUCCCUAUUCACGUUUGGCGCCAUUAAAAAUGGAGAUAGUCAACGAGAACCCGUUUAUAGUGCUAUACCAUGACAUUCUUUACGAGCACGAAAUUAACUCUUUGACGAAUCAGUCUAUAACUACAGAUGGUUGGACGGACGACGCAGAACCGGAACUGGAGGUGGAACGCAUCUGUAAAGUAUCAACGGUGCAAGAUAGAAAGAUAGGUAGACGGGUUGAACAAAUGUCUGGUUUAAACGUUGAUCUGGACAACUACAUGCAACUCAGCAAUUAUGGUCUGGGGGGACACUUUAGAAACCACUUCGAUUAUGUUGAUCUCAAGGGGCACUCUAUAAUAGUUCCCCUUAUGGCGAAAUAUCAUGGCGAUCGCUUUGCGACAGUAUUGUUCUAUCUCAGUAAUGUAGAACUAGGAGGAGCCACUAUAUUUCCGAGACUCAACUUAACUAUAUGGCCCCAGAGAGGUGCUGCCUUAUUAUGGUAUAAUUUGGACAAUAGCGUAGAGCCUGAAAAACUUUCAGAGCAUGCUGUUUGUCCGGUAAUUGUGGGUAGCAGAUGGGUUCUGGCUGAGUUCAUAGUGCAAUACAAGCAAACGUUCAAAAGACCCUGCUAUAAAUAAAUUAUAUUGACGUCAGCGGAACAAAUCAGCCAUGCUAAUUGGAGCUGUACAAAAGUUCGCAUUGUAGCGUUACUUGUACUUUUGAACAGUUUAGUGGAGCUUACUGAAAUAAAACGUACCUCGAAAUGGUA